AUGAGCGCGUGCAGCAGGAAGACUCUGACAUUGCUGAGCAGCUUCUUUGCGAUCAGCGGCCUGGGGCUGUUGGGAGCGGCGGUCAGCACCGACUACUGGUUGUACCUGGAGGAGGGCGUCGUUAUGCCUCUGAACCAGAGUAUCGACAUUAAGACCUCGCUGCACUCCGGCCUCUGGAGAGUCUGCUUCCUGGCCGUUUUUACUUUUCAUGUCUUCGUGUUUCCAUCCUCUUCAGGUGACGAGUCCGGUCGCUGCUUCACCGUGGCCUUCAUCAUGCCCAUGAACAUCCAGUUGACGUCAGAGUCCACAGCAAACGUGCUCAAGAUGAUCCGCUCGGCCACUCCGUUCCCCCUGGUCAGCCUCUUCUUCAUGUUCAUCGGCUUCGUCCUCAACAACAUCGGCCACGUCCGGCCUCACCGCUCCAUCCUGGCGUUUGUAUCCGGGAUCUUCUUCAUCCUCUCAGGUCUGGCUCUGGUGGUGGGUCUGGUGCUGUACAUCUCCAGUAUAAAUGAUGAAAUGCUCAACAGGACUAAGAGCAGCGAGGCCUUUUUCACCUACAAGUACGGCUGGUCCUUUGCAUUCGCCGCCAUCUCUUUCCUGCUCACCGAGAGCGCAGGCGUCAUGUCCGUCUACCUGUUCAUGAAGCGCUACUCGGCGGAGGAGAUGUACCGGCCUCGCCUCCAGAGCUUCUACCGGCCUCGUGUCAGCAACUGCUCCGGCCACUCGAGCCAGUUCCUCCAGCCGGAGGUGUGGUCGCGUGGGCGAAGUCCCUCCGACAUCUCGAGUGAAGCCUCGCUCCAGAUGAGCGCCGGCUACCCUGCUGUCCUCAAAUGCCCCGACCACGCCCACGUGUCCUCCUCACCCUGCUGA